CCUCCGUACAGAUAUCUGGACACGUAUGAGCCUUGGAAAGAAUUGGCAAACACGUGCGUCGUUUGAUUUACACGAUUCGAGAAGGAACGAUUCGCGGGAUUAAAGCUGAAUCGACAUUUUCCAGAGAACAAUACGCCCAGGUGAAUCCCCACUAACAAACUAUUGUCCGAUAAUCGUUCGACUCUCUGUCUCUUUUCAGCUAUCUGUCCUACGAUUUAGAAAUUCUAUGCGCGAAUUUAAUUAUCAAUCGCUGGAAGAAAAUUAUCUUUUCGAAUCAUAUGCGUUUCAAAUCGCAAAUAGCGAAACGAGCGACAUGAAAUAAUAGAUCGAUUUAAUUUGAUCGCAUUCGCAGAUGUUUAGUUAAAGUGUUACGGCUCGGAAGAGAGAGGAGCAGCGUGCAAGCAAGCACCCGCAGCGAGUUACGGGUUAUAUAUCGAUCGCGUUCGUAUACGUACGAAUGGCCGAUUGGAAAACAGCGGGAUCUAUUUGCCAAUUAGACUAUUAAGAGCGGCCGAAAAGGGCAAGGGCCGCGCGCGAGACCUGGCGAAAUUCGCUGCUGGAAGAAGAGCGAGCGCGAUUACAUGGUCCAGUGCAGAGUAUUUACCGAGCAUAUACAUACCGCGGUAAUGUUGACCUUUUGCCAGAUCCAUUCUGCGUGCAAAUUAACGAUGUUUGCUCUCAACCCUUUUGCCCUGUCUUGAUUCUACCUCUUCUCUGUUCUCUCAACCCCGGUGCAACUCUCUCUCUCUCCCUCUCUCUUGUACUUUUCGCCGCUGCGUUCGCUCUCCUUAUUCCUUGCUUUCAGUCUCGAAUUUUUAAUCUCGAUCGUUUAUCUUGCGAACAUCUUGGACCAACGGGUGUUAGGAUUGCGUCUAAAAUAAAGUAAUAAAAAGAAUCGUGUCCUUGUGGGAUGAAAGUCGAAAGAAUGUGCCACGUGGAACGAUAUUAUGUAUGUAUAUAAAUAGCGAAAGCUUAGAAAAAUUGCAAGGUCCGCGAUAAGAUAGCCUUUGAGAAAUGCAACAUUUCAAAGAUAACGUUUUCUUUUUCUUUUUUCUCUAUUUCGUAUCGCUUAGAAUAUUGCAAAAUUGCUCAAUAAGAAAGCCAAUUAAAAUAUUUUCGUUUAAAUAAAGUAUAAUAACGUUAGCAUCGAUUUGUCUAUAUAGAAAUAAUAUAUCAGAGAAUUCUUCGAUAUAGUGUCAAAGAUAAUAAAAUUAAGAAGCUUCAUUUUUUCUUUCUUUCUUUCUUUCUUUCUUUCUUUCGUUUUCCUUUUCUUUUCCUUUUUCUCUUUCCCUUAUAAAACAUAAAUUUUUCCUCGCUAGAGAUUAGCCGAUAAAGUUCGCACAUUUUUUAAAUUCGCCAAACGCGUGUCUCUUCUUUUACAAAAUCGGACUCUGCAAGAGGCGUCGGAGUCCGAUUACACGAUUUCUGCUUAUGUCGCAUAUUGCCGGACGUGACGUCACUGGAACUCACGGCCGUGGAUGCCAGGUGUGACCUGACACCAGGAGCUUCUUUAUUCUCUUGUCUUCUUCCCACGCGAAAUACAAACAUAUAUCAAUUCGCGUAACGCGUACUUGGCCGCUCAUUCCUCGGGCAAUCAUUAAACGUUGAUUUCAUCAUUUGGAGAUUUGAUCUAGGAAUUAUAAAGGAUGCUCUUUCAAUUAUCGGUAUAGACCAAUUAAGCGAACGAUCGAAUUAAGAAAUCUUCCAAGCUCGUUCCUUUUUACUUUCAAUUUUUUCACUUUUAAUCGGUACGCGUGAUUUUUAUUAGCGCACGCGAGUACGCCGGGAGUUCUCGCAUUAAUUAUUAAUAAAGUAUUACCAAGAAGCGAGAGCCCGUUCGCUACGCAGAGGUAUCCUUUGUAAGAAGGAGACGAUAAGCCGAAACCCGUUGUAACGCGAAUGCCAUGUCGCGAUAUGCGACACUUUGAUUAUGCCAAUCUAAUACAUUCGAUGCUAGUACUACCGCGUAAAUAUCGCUUUAAUUGCGCAUAAUGGAUCGUUGUUACAUAAUGUUUGUAACCAAUGUUACAGAUAUACCGGCUUCGUUCUUCUAUAACAUCUUAAUGUUAAAUCGUUCCAAUUUGCUCCUUCGGUAAAAAGUAGUAAAUCAUGGGUUGACGCAACUGAUCGGACGAUAGAAUAAUAUUUUAGAGAUCUAAUAUAUCAUUGUAUUUUCAUUCGAAUAAUUUUUUAAGCUGGGAAAUUUAUGAAAAUUUCCCCAUCCACGCUCUCUUUCCCUUUUCUAUUCUUUCUUUUUAUUCAUAGUCGGGCGAAUCAUUGAACACUAUCGAGAAUGGUCGAAUCGUUCGUAGAGAAGUAGAGGUACGUACAUAAAAAGCGGAUUUCGAGGAAGACGAUGAGAGAGGGAGGGAGGGGAGAGAAAGAAAAAACGGAGGCUAUUAAAUCGAAUAGCUCGCGUGAAAGAAAGGGAAGCAACGAUUCUUUCUUGAAAUCCCGACCGAUCCUCGGUCUCUUUCCUUUUUUCUCGUCGAACUGAAAUAAUAAAGUGCUGCUCGUUGAUAACGUUCCGGUGACAAAUAUGACGGUACUUCCGGGACAGACUCGGAAAUCACCAAAUGCGUUUGCUUCCGUUUCGUAUUAUUCUAUGCGUCUUCCGCAUAGUGAUUUACGUCCGUUCCAAGUCGGCUUCCUCAAUUAUUUCUUUAUAUUUACUCGUCAUCCCCGAUCUGAUUCUUUCCCAUCGAAUUAAAAAUAAUUAUCUACCUCCUACGAUUAGUUGGAUUUGAUCAAUGAUUUAUGCCGAUAAAUCAUCCAAUCGUUGUUUCAUUCCACGUACGUAAAAAGGAAAGAAACCGCUCGACUAAUCGGUUCGCAUAAUUAUACUGGAGACGAAUGCGUUUAAUUAAACGCUAAUCCUAAGAGAUUUUCUAAGGAGAAAUAAACGAUUGAGAAAACACGAACGAUAUUCUCGCGCGAUCUUUUAAUAUUCAUCGUUGAGAAUUUAGGGAUCGUGGCGAUUUGCUCCUCUAGAUGACGAACGAACUCGAGAAGAGUAAGAUAAACUCUCUUCGUCUCGCUCUAACCAAUCGUUAGGUCCUGUCAACCAACUCCCAUUUAAAAUCGUAAAAGGACCAAACUGUUGUCAAUGAACGUUAUGUUUUUAAUCGCUGCGACACAAAUAGCGAGGAUUCGAUUGUUCGCGAAGCCGAUGCAAAGCGAUGAUCCGAGAAUAAUUGAGCCACCGACGGCAAACAGAUUCGUAAGAGCGAGCGAGCGAGAGAGAGAUAAAGUAGAGCUAGGGGUUGGCGAGUCACAGGGAGAGGGUUGUUCUCGACUACCGCUCGAAGACCGUCGCACGAUCUCUACUUCAUUGUGUCAUCCGUCAUCGCGCCACGAACAAAUGAACGUCUCAACGGUUGCCAGACAAAUGACUCGAGGAUUAUCCUUCGAAUGUUCUCUCUCUCUCUCCCUGUGUGUGUGUGUGUGCGCGCGCUCGCGUGUGUGUUUCCCUUCCGUUUCCUUCGUCUUCCUUCCAGCAUCUCUCUCUUUCUCUUUAUAUUUUAUAGUCCUCUCCUUCUCUCUUUCUCGUCUCAUCCGUUCAUGAAUGGAACGAGGGUGUAGCGUUUCCUUCGAAAUAUCGGCUGUGGCCACUCGAUCACCCGCAACAGUUUGCGCAUAGACCUCCGAGAUCGUAUCCGAGGCAUUAUCUCGAUCCAUCUUCGAGUCUCGAAGGAAGACCAAAGUGAUGCACGAUCGACUAACGGUAUAAACGUUCGACUUCCGACAAGGAGCACAAACCUUCCAAGACGAAGCACUCUUUUAUCACGAAUAAAUGACGAAAGAUUCGGAAGCAGAUUUAAAUGGAUAUUACUGGAACUUGUCGUUAGUCCAACGACGACUACAUCUAAUCUCUAGCAGUCUAUUUUAUGAAUUUUCGUGGCUGAUCGAUCCACGAGUUUUCUACUUGUCAUCAGUAAUCGCUAUAUUCUUCGCUCGACGGACGAAACACGCUAUCGAAACAAAGAGAAAUAAUAAUUUAUUCAUUGGAUAAACAUGAAAUAUCAUUUAUACUCUCUCUCUCUCUCUCUCUCUUACAUAUAAAUUAUAUAUUAUUUUACGAUAGAUCAUAUCGAACGUUCUUAAAUCGAAGAAUUUCUCUUAUAUCAUAUCGCUGCAAUAAUUUGUAUCGCAUCGUCGUCGAUGGCGUCGUCUCUCGGAACAGAGAGAGCGAGAGAGAGAGAGAGAGAGAGAGAGAAAGAGUUGUGGGUGUUAGGUGAGUAUAGGUGGGUUCAUCGGUAGGUUGGCUCGCUGGCUGACUGCUUGGUAUCGAUGUGCAGCCUGGCAAGCCGGCUAUGCUGGCUCAGCACUCUCCCUCGUUCCUCCUCUCCUAUCCUCCUCAUCCUCAUUCCCCUCCUCCUUCUCCACCUCCUUCUCCUGCUCCUCAUCCUCCGGUUUCUCUCUCGUGCAGGUUUACUCUCUUGGUCCUAGGACAGCCUCGGUCUCGACAUCAUCCCGAAACUCGUCCAUAAAGUUAACCUUCUUAGAGCCUACGAGGAUGACUUAAUUUUUACGACGAAAGAGCAAUGAUCAAGAGUACAAAGAAAAUAAAGUAAAUGACGGUCCUAAGAGUGAAAUUAAAAAGUAAUCAAUUAUCGGGUCAUCUUUUGGAUCAACUUUUACGAAUCGUUCUGACGAGAGGGAGAGAGUAUCGGCUUUAAUUCGAUUCAUCCCAAACCUUGAUAUCUAGAGGGGCUAAUGUGAAAUAAGCCCGUGUAAUUUUCUGAUCAGUCCUACGAAAUCUUGAAUAAACGAUGAAUAAACGAGACCUAGAUUGGCAUUGGAGUUAAGACGAAAAAAAAAGAACGAUUCGUCGGAUUUCGACGAGCGAAACUUCUUCUUCUCUUCGUCCUUCUUCUCUUUGCCUUUCGAAUGCAAUUGCCGUCGUAAAUCUCGCGGUAAAGUUUGUUGUGCGGCGAACGGGCAGACGUUUCUCUCCCGAACGAUACGAUAGAUCGGUCUCUUGACCUCGCGGUAUAAAGAUUUAAUAGCAUCGCGAAGUCAAGCGAACUUAUUCGCCUUUUGACGAAGAUCGAUCUCGCCCGUCGACGUAGAUAUCGAGCAAACAUCAUUCGGCUUGCAUCUUCCGAUUCGAUUGUCCUUUCCUCGUUCUCGUUUGUGGACUCAUUUUCUACACGGACCUAAUCUAGGACCUAAUCUCUACGCUUUGUUAGGAUUACUACAAAUUAUUUCUAUCCAUCGAUAGAGGUUAUAGGUACGAAUGGGUUCGCCGAACGUGAUGGUGAACGGAAGCGUGGUGCAAAUUCCAGGACAAGUACAUGGAGGUCAGGGCCUGACUCUGGCACCAUUGACACCACCUGCCCACGAGUUAGAGCAGCCGCAUCCGUUGUACGGGCAACCUCAUCAUAUACAGGUGCAACACGGGGUGCUGGUAAAGGCACCACCCGGUGGUGCUCCACAUUUGACGACCCUUUCGCAUCCAGGCACACCACCGGACACGCCGCCGGUCUCUGCCUCUCCACCCCCGUUGCAGCUGCAUCGCGCCGAGCGAGACCCUCGCGAACGCAGCGGACUCCUAUUGCAUCUCCAACAACCUGGAUCCAUAUUACAAGAUGACAUGCAAGUUGGACCCGGUAUCGGAAUGGGCUGGCUCACCCAAUCCCUCAGACAAGAACCGUUGGAUCUUAGACCUCACUGUCCUCAGGAACAAGGCCAGGAGCCUCAUCACGAAGCUUGGCCCUCGUCUACCGCGAGCCAUCAUCACUUUCAGGAGCAUCAACACUUGCCGAGACAUACCAGGCAUCCCGGUAACGGCGAUCGGAUAAAAGAGUUUAACGACAAGGGAGGCUCGUUAUCGCCCACAGGUGGGUACAUCACAAUGUCCAGUCACAUCGAGUACUAUGGCGGUCCAGGUUCAGGCGGCGGGAUGCUUCCCGCGGGCGGGGGUGUGAUGCAGAGCAUGGAGGAUAGCAUGCAAGGGAUGCCCAUGCAACCGGGUAGACCGUUGAGCGUUUGCUCGGUCAGUUCUUGUGGAGCCAGUGGUCCAAGUCCUGCUCACAGAACUGCCAAUGGACUUUACUCGAGCUGCGGACCGGCCAAUUCGCAGGAGGAGCUCAUGAACGACGAGCUCCUCAUGUCGCUCUCCGUGCGCGAAUUGAACAAACGCCUCCAUGGUUGCCCGCGGGAAGAGGUGAGUCAGGUCGUCCGUUUGAAGCAAAAACGUCGGACUUUGAAGAAUCGGGGAUACGCGCAAAACUGUCGCAGCAAACGACUACAGCAACGUCACGAUCUCGAGACGACCAAUAGUAAUCUACAAAAUGAGCUUCAACGAAUGAAGGUCGAAUUGGCUCGGACCCAACAGGAACGGGAUCUCUACAAGCAACGCUGUGAAAUAUUGAGGGCUCGUCAGACUCAUAGUCAUCACAGUCAUAAUCACAAUCAUCAUCAACAACAACAACAACAACAACAACAACAAGCCCCUCAGCCGACGCAGCAACAGCAGCCGCAGCAAGCUCAGCAACAGCAUCCUCAGCAACAACAGCAGCCCCCGCCAUCGCAACAGCAACAACAGGCGCAGCAACAUCAACAACAGCAGCAGCAACAACAGCAACAGCAACAACCGGCACCAGCGAGCCCUGAGGUCUAUCUAUGACAUCGACAGCGCCGAGGAGGCGCUUGCUGGACCUGAACGAUUAUCUCGAUAUCGAAUUCUUGAGCCGCUUCUCGUGAACGAUCGUGGAUCGAGAAAUGGGAUCGAAGAUGGAAGGAAGGUGCGAGCGAUAUCCUCGGAGAGAUGGCGUUAUCUCGACAACGCGCCUAAUUCCGAAAAACGUUAGAUGCUAAAAUGCUCUAUGCGUGCGUGUAUACAGAUUAUAAAGAAGGUUUAUACGAGGAUAGAUGGCUUUCGGUUUCUUUCAUUUUUCUUUAUCACGACACCUCCUCGUUCCUCCGUUCGCGUUUGAACCUACACAAUCUGCAUAGAAUUAUGUUCGGUGAAAGCCAAGAGAUACAAGGGAUAAAGUCAAGCAUGUUUUGCGUCGGAGGAAUGGAGGAGGAAAGGAAGAAGGGAGGUUACUUAUAAUUAAGUUAAGGAAAAUGUAGAAUUAAGGUACACAACAGGAAUUCGAACACACAGAAUCUUUGUUCUUUUCUUUCUUUUUAAGUUACUUUAUAAGAAAUGCCGACGACUGUCGCUCGGGCUUACCUGUGUAUAUUAUAUAUACCUACAAUUCAUCCUACAUCGUUUAUGUAAUAUACGAUCGCGUAGCUCUGAAGAAUAGCCUAUCUAUCGUCGCGCGAGGCUCAUCGGUCGACAGUAUUUUUCAAGAUUAUCCGCGAGCGAAGAACUCGCGCUCUCUUCUAACGUCAAUUUUACUACUACAAUUAGGGCAUUCACGGAAGUUUUCUCCUUUCCUCUAUCUAUAUCCAUUAUCGUUUUCCUACGCGAGAUUGACAUUAUCUCUCCCUCUCUCUCUCCCUUUUUUUACUUCUUUCUAUUUCUUUUAACUCUAUUUCACCUAUGGUCUAGAUCGAUUUGUCUCUUCCGUGAGUCGAAUAGGACAAAGAGAAACUUUGAUCGUUAAUAUAUAUUAUCGCGUAAUUAGAUCUCCCGCGCAAAGGACCGAAAAAGAGGCAUACAUCGUUUCAAUGUGAUCAUGGCACAAAAACUAAUCGGUAUACGGUAAUACCUGUACGGUAUUUCUCCACGACUUGGCUUCUUCGACGAAGGAAGAACGGAAAAGUAAAGAAGAAGAGAAAGAGGAGGAUGAACUGAUGGAAGAAGGACCUUCAUCUCUAUCGAUACUUACAAAUUCGAUAGAACGAACGAAGAAGUCGAGUGAUUAACAUGCGUUAGACGAUGGCGUAACUUUGACUUUUGAGGAGAACGACGAUCCUUUUACGUAGGAAGGAUAUAAGAAGGUAAGAGAAACCAGGGAAAAGUUUUAUUCGACGAAAUUAAUGAGGAAAAUAAGAACGAGUCGGUGCCAAUGGUCCUACUGGUCUAUUUAACGAGAACGUUUACCUACGCGCGCAAAGCUACGCCACCGAUCCUAAUUAGAAAAGAAUAUUAUGCAUAUAAAAAAGUAUAUAUAUAUAUAUAUUAUAUAUAUAUACAUAUAUAUAUAUAUAUAUAUAUAUAUAUAUACACACACAUAUAUAAAUAUAUUAUUGUUUUCUCGUACGGACGACGCUCGGGUCCGUACCACCACGGGCCGAGUCUUGUCCGAUUCGAUUUAAGAAUGUUUUAAUUCCCGUUGCAUCGUCUCUCGUGUGUACAUAAAAGUAAUUAUUAUACUUCUUAUUAUAAAUAAACGUCGACAAAAAAUCCGACAGUUUCAGACA